AUGAAAUACGCUUUCGCAGCCAUCCAAACCAUUCUAUUCCUGUUUUCUAUCGGAAAUUAUGCCGUUGCUGACGUUCCUAAUUUCGUCUCGAGUAACGGUAUAACUUUCCAAAAGGCAGAGAGAGUGAACAAUGAAAUGUAUGAUGUGUUCGUAACAACAGGAGAAGCACGUGGUGUACAUAAAAUUCGUAUACUUUUACCACUUGACUAUAUGACUAGCGGCCCAAAUCGUCGAUAUCCAGUCCUUUAUUUAUUACAUGGAGGUAUGGGAGGUGCCGAUGAUUGGACCGCGAAAGGUGGCACAGCUCGAUGGACAGUUGGUAAAUCACCAUUAAUCACUGUUAUGCCUAAUGGUGAUAAAUUUGGAUGGUAUACAAAUUGGGUUAAUCCUGGCGCUGCCGCACCGCAGAAUUGGCGUACGUUUCAUAAUGAACAAUUGGUACCGUGGAUCGAUGCCAAUCUACGAACAGUUGCUAAAAAGGAAGGUCGAGCUAUCGCAGGACUCUCUAUGGGCGGAUUUGGGGCUAUUCGUUACGCUGAAGUUUAUCCUCAUCUUUACAACUAUGCUGCCAGUUUUUCAGGUGCACUUGAUCUACUGGAUUGGCGCACUCAAUCAGUUAUUCUCGGUUCUGAAACUAUUGACAACAAACAGUUAGACGGUCCAUUCGGUGGUCCUUAUCUUCCAUGGACAUCAAGUGGAUGGCGCGAACAAAAUCCCAUAACAAAUGCAGCACCAUUACGCAGUGUUCAUGUGGCGAUUUAUACAGGUAAUGACGGUGUUAUGGAGAUGGCAAUGCGCGAUGCCGCUGUUCGAAUGCAUGACAUGUUAAAUCAUUUAAAGAUUCCUCACCAUUACAAUGAUUAUGGUAAUGGUAAGUCAAUCGGUCAUAAUUGCCCAGGACGACAUGAAUUUGCAUGUUGGAAUGCAGCACUUAUCGACGUCACACCACGGAUGAUGGCUGUUUUAGAGCAGAAAUAUUAA